AUGACUGAGUGUAAACUUGCUUUAAAAACCAUUGAUUGGGUAGCUUUUGUGGACAUCAUAUCCCAAAACAAAAAGACAAUUGCAAACUCCCUAAAGUCCUGGAAUGAGACCCUCCAUACCAGGAUGGCUGGGGAACCACUGGUGAUUAACUGGGCUUAUUACAAGGCCAAUGUGGCCAAGGCUAGCUUGGUGGAUGAUUAUGUGCUGGUGGAUGAUUUUGGAAAGAAGUAUAAUGCCCUGAACAUCCUGGUGACUGAGGGUAAAUACAUGGCCCUGGUGAACAAUGAGGAAAAGGAGGAUGUGAAGAACUGUGCUAGUUUGUGUCUGAAUCCUAGGUCAGGAUCCAGGAAUAUGAGAAGCAGGCUGGAGAACAUGAAGACCAUCUUUGAUCAGAUGACCCUUGAUCACUUGAAUGAAAUCUUCCCAGAAACCAAGCAAGACAAGAAGUAUCCAUACUGGCCUCAGCAUCCCAUUGAUAACCUGUGGAACAGGCCUGGAGAGAGUGCCAGCCCUGCAUUCCAAACUCUGGAUAUUAAAAUAAAACAUCUACAUAGUGAAAAAUAA